AUGGAUUACAAAUGUAAAACAUCAAAGAUUUCUGAAACUGCACGUGCAGGAAUGUCUGAAGGUCAUCUCACAAAGAUAAAUGUAUUAGCUGAGGAUAUUCUGAAUUGUUCUUAUUCUCACUGGUACCCGAAAUUUAAGGAGUACACGAUAUCCGAAGCCACCAUCUUUAAACCACUACCAGAAUCGUUUAUUAAAUAUUUGGAAGAUGACGGAAUUGAGUUGCCUAAAAGUUCCAAGAAAGAUUCGGUUUUGUUCCAAGAUGUUAUUCCAACAUCAGAUAAUGAAUACAGCGAUUGGGAAGAUGAAGAUGCAGAAGCUGUCACUCAAGCUGUACAUCUGAAUGACCCGACUGAUAAAUUCAAAGCCUUUCACCAGCAACUCCAGGAAACGAUUAAAAAAUAUGGGAGUGUUGCUCCCAAAUUUAACUGGUCUGCACCUCAAGAUGCAACUUGGAUCAUGACCAGCCGAAACAUGCGCUGUUUUUCAACAUCUGACUUAUUCUUGUUGCUUAAAUCAUCAGACUAUGUCAAUCACGAUUUAUAUCAUGCAUUUAAUGAGGUAUCAUCGAUAGGAGUUGAACUGCCCAAAAUAGAACCCGAACUUAUUCUGAGGAAAUGGGCUGAGAUUAAUCCGGCAAUGGAGUUCAGAUGUUUUGUUAGAGAUAGACAAUUGAUUGCAAUAUCCCAGCGAGAUUUAAAUUAUUAUACCUUUUUGGAAGAACUGCAAGAUGAGUUGAUGGAAAAAAUAGGCGUAUUUUAUGAUGAUUUUCUGAUGGCUAAAUUUGAUUCCAAUAGUUUUGUGUUUGAUGUUUAUAUACCUAAACCAUUUAACAAGGUUUAUUUAAUCGAUUUCAAUCCAUUUCAGCAUCAAACUGAUCCUCUACUAUUUACAUGGAAUGAACUAGCAACAAUCAAAGUGGAGGAAGAUAAUAUUAUCUUUAGGUUAGUCACUGUCCACAAUAGCGGUAGAUUCGUUACCAAAGCACAUAGCCAAAACCAUGUUCCACGAGAUUUCCUUGAUGCUUCUACAGAUACUCAAGCUAUGGUUGAGUUUCUUAAAAAGAUGAAGGAACUUGAAAUGAAUGGUGACGCUAGUGAUUCUGAGAAUGAGGAAGCCCUUUGA